AUGAAUUUUUUUUUUUUUCGAAACAAGCAAGAUGAUAACACAAAUGAAAAUACAAAGGAACAGGGUGAAGAAAAAGUAACCCUGAAAAUAUAUUUAGAUGAAAUGUUUACACACAGUGGUGAUAUAUUCAAAGCAGUAUUUGAAUUAAAUGGUCCCCAAAAAACUAGCGAAAAUAUACAAAUAGAUUUUAUUGUCAUAUAUAUUUAUGGACUGUACAUGUUUAAUAAUGAAGUAAUAAAUUUGUGUGCCCAUGAAUUAAUAAAUAAACAAAAUAAUAUAAAUUUGCCAUUUUAUAAUAGACAGAAUUAUUAUAAUCACCAAUAUUUAAUAUUUUAUACAAAUUCAAUUAUUUUAUCAAGUAAUAUUAUUUUUAAAAAAAAUGAUCAAACAUAUAUUUAUAAUCUCGAAUUACUUAUUCCGUCUUUUAUUCCUCCAACAUAUAAUGGGAAAAAUAUAAAAUUUAAAUAUUUUCUUUAUAUUCAAUCAGUUAAAAGGUUUUGUAAAAAAAAUAAUAAACAAUAUGAAACAAAGAAAUAUGAAGCAUGCUUUCCUAUUAAGAUAUUAACAUCUAAAUAUAAAAAUUCACCAGUUCUUGAUUUUUAUAAUUUUCCUAUUAAACCUUAUGAAUUAAAAACUUUUUCAAAAACAGAUAGUUCUAAAUAUAUAUUUCACAAUUUUAGAGUUAAAGUUAGCCAAGUCCAUACUAUUAAUACUAAUGAAAUAGAAAAUGAUCAAGACAAUCCCUCUAAAAAUAUAAAUAAUUUAGAAAAAACCCCGUUUAAUAGUUGUAUAAUACCUUCUUAUAUUUAUAAUAAUAAAUGCAAAUCCAAUUUAGACAACUUACUUUGUAUAUAUAACAUUUGUUUACAAAGAAAAGAUGAUUCUUCAUUACAUCUAAUAAAUUUUAUUGUAAAUAAUUAUAGUUACUUUUAUUUUACACAUUUAUUUUUUUAUUUAAUAUAUCAUUAUAAUUAUUAUUUUAAUAUCAUUCAGAGGAAAAUAAAAGAUUCCAACCAACUUUCAAAUAUUACAAAUUUUAUAAGAACAUUGAAAUACACUAGUUGUAUGAAUGUGAAUAAUAAUAAUAAUGUUACAAAUAAUGAUGAGGAUAUUUUAGAAGAAAAGAAAAUACAUGAUAUGUCUAGUGAUGUACCAACUACCCUUAAUAAUCAAAUAAAUUCCAAACCUUUUGAAAAUGAUAAAAAAAUUGAUGAAAAUAAAGAAAUAAACAAUGUACUGGAAAAUGGGGAUGAUAUAGAAAUUAGAAAAAUGAAAAAAUCAAAACACGAAAAAAUUUCAGACUCAUACUUUAAUAACAUUUUAUAUGAUGAUAAAGAUCUAUAUAAUUUUUAUUUUUGUAAUUAUGAUAAUUUUGAAUUUAACGGACUGACCUAUAUGCCAAUACGAUGGUUUGAUAACUUAUAUGUAAAAUGUCAAUAUAGUGAAAAUGAUCCCGAUUUUGUCGAAAAAAAAAUUAUUAACAACAAUUAUAUAACAUAUAGUGAUGAAAAUAGUGAAUUUUCUGAGAAUAGCAAUACAGAUAUCGAAACAUUUUUGGGUUCUAAAAAAACAAAUGAAUAUAUCACUGAUAAAAUUUUGUCACAAAAUAUGAGUGGGGAAAAUAGGAAUGAGCAUAUGCCCAUAAAUAUUAAUGAUAAAAAAGAUGAAAAAAAUAAGGAAUCUGAAAUUAACUUUCAAAAAGAUGAAGUAAUAUAUUAUGAUAAAUUUAUUGAAAAAAUAGAAACAAUAUUAAAUUAUAUGAGAACAAAAAAUAUGUUUAGACAUAUUAAUAGAAAAAAAAUAAAAAACACAUUUCCAACUUUGAUGGAUAUUUCGAACAAAAUAAGCAACAACGAAUGCAAUGAUGAUUUUGAUGGUAAUCAUAUGUGUGUAUUAAAAAGUAAAAAAAAUAAAAAUACAAAUCUUAUGAACAUAUAUAAAGUAAAUAUGAACAACAAGAAUGUAUGUAUAGUUACAUUAAUGGAUAAAUUCCAAAACAAAAUAACAAACACAUUUAAUCGUAGUAGUAUUAUAAAUAUAAAUAUGAAUUUUGAGCAAGCAAAAGAUAUAUAUACAAUACAUGCAGAUAUAUAUUUAAAAAGAGUUGAAAAAAUAAAAAUUAAUACAAAAUUUAUAAAUUUAACAACAAAUAAAUUAUAUGAUGAUAAUGACAUUAUAGAAAAAGGAAAUUCCACAGUUAGCUUUGAGGAAGAAUUUAAUAAAAAUUCGAAUGAUAACUAUGAUUUAAAUUAUACUAAUAUUACAAAUACAAAAAUAAUAUUUGAGAAAAAUGUAUCCAUAUUAUAUUGCUCAAAUAAAAAUGUUACUUUUAUUUUAAAUGAACAAAUUAUACCACAAUUUAAAAAUGAUUUAGUAAAAAUAACAUAUUUUAUAGAUAUUAAUUUUUAUUGCCUGAACAAGCAAUAUAAUACAGCCGAUUUAUUUGGUGUUAAUAAUAAUAUAUUAGACAAUAUAUAUAAUCUUAAUUUUAAAAUUCCGAUUAAUGUUAUAGAAACAAUUUAUCAUACUUAUGAAAAUUAUUCAGGUAUUCAUUUUUCUGAUCAAACAAUUUCACAAUUGGAAAAACAACAACUAAUGUUGAAAUAUGACCACAAACUAUUGUAUACUAGUAAAGAAGAUCUUAUCAAAACUGUUAUAUUGUGA